GUCUGUGGGACGAAGUUGAUUUCUGUCAAUAGCGAAAUCUGCGGGUAGCUAGCCUACGGAGCACGGCAACAGUAAAACCAGUCCCUUAGAAAAGGCAAGCUACGAUGAAUCAAGUAAGGGACAAUACGAAAGAUGAAACUAUUAUAGAGAUGAAAGUUUCGGAGUGUUCCCGGAGUGGAGGAGAAUGCAGCGAUGACUCCGAUUUAACCUCAAUGUGUGACACAGCAACCCAGCUCCCUGGAAACCACGAUGUCUGGAGGAAGCGACAGCUCUUCCUGAAGUUUCGCUCCAGGAUUGACAAACAUCAACAGAGCAAAGACUCAAUCUUCUUUCGGGAUGGGGUACGAAGGAUUGAUUUUGUAUUGUCCUACGUGGAUGACCGGAAUGAUGCAAGGAAGCGGGAGCGGAGGAAACAGUAUGAGGCCAACCUGUUGAAGGAAGGGCUGGAGCUUGAGACAGAAGACAAAUCUGAGUCCGAUGAUGGCAGGACCUUUUUCUUAAAGAUCCACGCCCCGUGGGAGGUGCUAGCCACCUACGCUCAUCUGCUGAAGAUCAAGGCUCCCUUCAAGGCGAAUGACAUCCCCGACAACAGGGACACGCCCAUGGAGUGGCUCUUCAAGCCCUUGCGCCUGCCCAGUGACAUCAUGCAUCCUGAGCCUGACUACUUCACCUCCCACUUCGACAAGGGGAAGAUCGACUUCUUCCUCCUUGACGACAAGGAGACCUUUUUCUCCCCUUCCAAGCGCAACAGAAUCGUGUACUAUAUCCUGGCUCGCUGCCCCUACUUUACGGAGGACUGCAAGGCCAAAGACAAGACCGGGAUCAAGCGGUUACUGAACAAUGGCACCUACACCGCUGCUUUCCCACUGCAUGAUUGCCAGUACUGGAAGAGGGCCAGAGACCCCAACUGCGAGAGCGAGAGGUACCUGUUGUUCAAUAACUGGGGUCGACUGCUGUGCUUCUACAAGGAGCAGCCUCUCAACCUGAUUCGGAAGUACUAUGGAGAGAAGAUUGGGAUUUACUUUGCUUGGCUGGGCUUUUACACGGAGAUGCUGUUCUUCGCUGCCGUGGUGGGCUUGAUCUGCUUCAUCUACGGCGUCCUGACCUACCACGAAAACACCUGGAGUAAAGAGAUCUGCGACCCUGAGAUCGGUGGAAAUAUCGUGAUGUGCCCGCUCUGUGACAGGAAGUGCGGGUACUGGAAGCUGAUCUCGGCGUGCACUUCCACCUGGCAAUCACAUCUGUUCGACAACAUGGGGACAGUUGUCUUUGCCCUAUUCAUGGGUAUUUGGGUGACCCUGUUUCUGGAGUUCUGGAAGAGGCGACAGGCCCGUCUGGAGCAUGAGUGGGAUCUGGUGGACUUUGAGGAGAAGCAGCUGCAGCUUCAGCUCCGACCAGAGUAUGAGAAUAAGUGCACUGGCUACCGGCUCAACCAGGUCACACAGGAAAUGGAGUGGGUUUUGAACAGGACCACCACAGACUUCAUCGGGAAACUCUUCUUGUGCUGGACCACCGUGGUGCUGUGGGUGGCGCUCAUUAUCGCCUGCAUCAUUGGGGUUAUCGCCUACCGGCUGGCGGUCUACGCCGCGUUCGCCAGCAUCAUGAAGGACAACCCCCCCAGCAGGCUCCACCUGGUGGGCUCUCUCAUCACUCCCCAGCUGGCCACCUCCGUCACCGCCUCCUUCAUCAACUUCGUCAUCAUCAUGAUCCUCAACUUCACCUACGAGCGCGUGGCCAUCUGGAUCACCGACAUGGAAAUUCCCAAGACCCACCUGGAGUAUGAGAACAGGUUGACCAUGAAGAUGUUCCUCUUCCAAUUCGUCAACUACUACUCCUCCUGCUUCUACUUGGCCUUCUUCAAGGGCAAGUUUGUGGGUUACCCAGGCAACUACACCUACAUGUUCAGACAGCUGAGGAAUGAGGAAUGUGACCCUGGAGGCUGUCUGAUUGAGCUGACCACCCAGCUGGUCAUCAUCAUGUCUGGCAAACAGUUAUGGGGCAACAUCCAAGAAGCACUGGUGCCGUGGCUGAGGAACUGGUGGGGCAAAUGGAAGACACUCAGUCACCCAGAGAGUCUGUACAGCCGCUGGGAGCAGGACCAUGACCUGCGAGAAUUCGGCCAGCUGGGCCUCUUCUCAGAGUACCUGGAGAUGGUGAUCCAGUUUGGCUUCAUCACGCUGUUUGUGGCGUCCUUUCCGCUGGCCCCCUUGCUGGCACUCUGCAAUAACAUCCUGGAGGUCCGGGUCGAUGCCUGGAAGUUCACCACCCAGUUCCGCCGGCCCGUGGCAGCCAAGGCCCACAGCAUCGGAGCCUGGCAGGAGAUCCUCAACGGAGUGGCCAUUUUCUCUGUCGUCACCAACGCGUUCAUCGUGGCCUUCACCUCCGACAUGAUCCCCCGCCUGGUCUACUUCUACGCCUAUCACCCCAGCUCCGAGCCCUCGAUGGAGGGCUACAUCAACAACAGCCUGUCCGUGUACAACAUCUCGCACUUCCCCGUGCGAAACCAGCCCGAGGAAGGAGAGAGUCCCGCCUGGUUCAACAGCUCCACCAUGACGACCUGCAGGUACCGGGACUACCGUUAUCCCCCGGACCACGAGUGGCAGUACUCCCACACCACGCGGUUCUGGCACAUUCUGGCAGCAAAGCUGGCCUUCAUUAUCAUCAUGGAGCACGUGGUGUUUGUGGUGAAGUUCUUCGUGGCCUGGAUGAUUCCAGACGUGCCCUCUGACGUGAAGGCCCGGAUCAAGAGGGAACGCUACCUGAUCCAGGAGUACCUGCACCACUACGAGGUGGAGAAGCUCAAGGUCCAGCUGACUCACAACGGCCAAUGCAGAGCGGAGCCUGACGCCCCGGAAACCGUUACCGUGGAAACGCACAACAUUUAUUCCGAGCGCCUGUGACGACAGGCUCCCCCCGGGCCCGGCGCUCUCGCGUCCGAGAUGAGGGUGCCAGACUGCAUCCGGGAUGCGCCAGGGUGCAGUUUGCUUCUUAGGGAGGCUUCAGUUUUCAACCCUCUCCCACCCCCCCACCUCGUUCUGUGUCGCAGAAUCUGCCUCCCUGCCUAUAACCUUCACCUCCAGACAGGGAAGGAAGGGGUCUUUGCAGUGACAUUUGCGAAUUAAAUUGCACUCCACAGAUACAGUUGGCGUUUUUGUAUCAAAGCAAUGCAGAACUUAAUGAGACAUGGGAUGGGCUAGUAUAAUCUUAGGCCAUAUCCGCAUAGCUCGCACUGUUGCUUAGGCAGUUUAUUAUUCAAUAAGCUGCACUGUGCCAAAGAAGGCAGGUAGAAUUUUUUUUUUUUUAAACUUGAAAGUGUCACAGACAGAAGUUUGUCUGCCACCAUUAUGUUUAUUAAAUGUUAUUACAUGUUGUUGAUUUCUUGUGUAUGACUGCAGUUUACAUCGUCCCACUACAAAUUAGACAUGCCAUUAAG